GCCUGGCAACCUUCGUCGCAAGCGUCGUCGCACAGCUCAGCCAAAUUGCGACUCGUAGCUGGUCGCGGCUUGUCGCGCAUCCUCUACACCGUCGUGCGUGACGCAGGAACACGAUGCUCGUCGUGCUCGCGCUCGUCGCCGCCGCCGUGCCGACGCGCGUAUCGGCCGCAUGCGAAGUCGAGCCGUGGAGCGAGUGGUCGUCGUGCGAGCCCAAGACGAGAUUCUCGGGAUGCGAGUACGCGGCGGGCGCGCCAGCGUGGCGGGCGCCGCCGGUAAGCGCCGCCGUGAAUCAAAAAGCGACUCCGAACCUUCGGGGCCCGGACAACGCGGCCGCGGUAGAGAAGAUGAUGAUGAAGAUGAAACGCCAGGGCGAGGCCAUGGCGCGCGCGUCCGCCGAGUGCGAGGACACGGACAACGGCGCGACGGACCGAGACGGCGACGGUUGCGCCGAAUACCAGGGCAACCCAAGUUGGUGCGGCAACUACGACGACGACGACUUCUCCUCCAACGUUAUGUGUUGCGCGUGCAAACCCAUCGAACGGGGCCCGGCGACGUGCGAGGACGGCGACGCCGACGGCUUCGGGUGUCUCGGCGUGGACCUCGAGAGCUGGACGCCCAUCGCCCGGCUCGGCCCGAGCGCGAGCAGGCCGUCGUUGACCAACGACAACUGGGGCUGGACCUCGGCGGAGGGCCGCGAAUGGGCGCUGCAGUGCGCGGACAACGGCGUCGCGUUCGUGGACCUCGGGUGCCCCUCCUGCGACCCGCCCGUGGCCGCCGCGGAGGCCGUCGAGGACUUUGUCGAGACGGCGACGUGGAGGAGCGACUGGCGCGACCUCAAGGUCUACGACCACUACGCUCUCAUCGUCUCCGAAGCUGCCGGUCACGGGCUCCAAAUCUUCGAUUUGGAGCGGCUGGACCCGUCGCACGCGCGCCACGACAAGGACGGCGACGGCUUCUACGACCCGGACGCGCGCACAACCUUCGGGGGCUCGCUCGGCUCCGCGCACAACGUCGUCGUCAACGAGGAGACGGCGCGCGCCUACGCCGUCGGCGUCGAGGGCGCCACCGGCUCGAGCACCUGCAACGGGGGCCUCCUCGGCGUCGACAUCCGCGACCCGACGAUGCCGAAGUGGCUGGGCUGCCUCUUCGACGACGCGUACGUGCACGACGCGCAGUGCGUCGUCUACCGGGGCCCGGACGUCGAGCACUUCGGCCGCGAGAUCUGCUUCCUCUCCACGGAGAGCGAGGUGCGCAUCGUCGACGUCACGGACGCGAGCGACGGCGGGGGCGACGUCACGCUGUCGCUGCUGGCGUACGAAGGCGCCGAGUACGCGCACCAGGGCUGGCUCACCUGCGACCACACGACCCUCUUCGUGGACGACGAGCUCGACGAAUAUUACGAUGGUGUCGGGACGAAGACCUUCGUACUUGAUGUCGCGGAUCUGGACGCGCCGCGCGUCCGCUUCGUGCACACGGCGGACGCGGCCUUCAUCGACCACAACCAGUACGUCAACGGCGCGUUCCUCUAUCAGGCCAACUACGCCGGCGGCCUGCGCAUCCUGGACAUCUCGAACGCGGAGCUCGACGGCGGGGAGCUCGUCGAGGUCGCGCACUUCGACCUGGUGCCGUCGAAGCAAGGAAACUCGUGGGACGGCGCCUGGAACGUGUACCCGUUCCUGGCGAGCGGCCGCGUCGUCGUCAACGAGAUGAACUCGGGCAUGGCGAUCGUAAAGCCGACGGGC